AGAAUGACAUUAUAAUGGGCCAAUGGGGAAAAGUAGGUGGAAGGUGGGUAUACUCUAGACUGACAGCGAACCGAAUGACAAACAUGAACGAGAUGCCAAGUGUAGACACAAGCGUAACAUUUUUGUUUUCAGUGGCAAACAAAAAUCCACAAUCGAACUUGGAAAUGCCAAGCCUUCUGGAGGAACCUAAAAGUGUUGUGAUGGCUCACUUUCAUAAGAAGAGGCCCCUGUCUGAGGGGAGUGAUGUGAACUCUCCCAGCAACACAGACAGUUCUUCUGAUAGAUGCCCUCCUGAGGAGGAUGUGGCUGCUACAUCAACCAGAUCCCAGAGUGAGGAGAAUGAGAACCACCAAUGUAAGAAGAGGCACCUAUCACUGUCUGAGGGAGGCGAUCCUGUGUACCAUGAGGAUGAUGUGAACCCUUCCACCAACACAAACUUUUUUUCUAACGGAGGGCCUCCUGAGGAGGAUAUGGAUGCUAAUUCAACCAGUAAGGGGAUUGAGAUCCACCAGAGAGGAAGCCCCAGUCCUGCUAUCAUCAACGUUCCAGACCAGUCAAUGGACCUCGCAAAUCAAGUUGAAAACAAAUGUCAUGAUACAUUUUACCUUCUACAAAAAAAAGUUUGCAUUCAUCUUAAAAUGACAUGGGCAUUCUUAAAGUCAACUGGUGAUGUGUUUGUUGCAAUUCUGGAACCUAACAAUAUAGAGAAUAUGAAAAACAAACCUCCAAUAAUUAGUCAUACCAAAGAGUUACUUCUUGAGGAAACAAAAAUAAUGUUGGAAAACGAAGAGCAAUUGCAAAAUACAACAUUUUCUAUAUAUUCGCUCAACUCUCCUUCGCAAAUUACAGGUCAUAAAAUAACAGAUUUAGCAGAACUGAACAAGUAUGGCAUAACAACGAUUUUUACGGACUGUCCGACGGAAAACCAAAACAUCCCAAAUCAUUUUGAAAACAUUUAUGAAUUUCUUGAUAAGUUCUACUCAUUACAAACAAAAGGUUGCAAGCAAAAGUUUGAUACGCAACAUGCAUGGGCAUUUAUAGAGUCACCUUGUGGUGGAGAACCGGUUUUUGUUGGUUUAUUUAAAUUAGAAGAUUGCAAGAAGAUGGGUAAUGGCAAACAUUUAAAUAUUCAUACCGAAAAGUUACUUCUUGAGGAAGUAAAACAAAUAUUGAAAAACAAUGAGAAAUUGCAAAAUACUAAAUUGUUUAUCUAUACGCUCAAUUCUCCUUGUUUGCGAAAUUCAGGUCAUGAUUCAUGCAUGGAUUUACUGAUUAAGGAUUCAGCAGAACUGUACAAAUCUUAUGGUAUAAAAACUAUUGUUGGAUACAGCAAAUGGUACGGUUUGACUGGAAAGUUGACAACCUUUGUAGAUCAAUAUAUCAGCUCAUUCAAUCACUUUAAUUUGAUAAUCAGUAGUCCUAAUUAUGAAAACUAUUGUGACGAAUUUGCCAUUUUUAACACUGAGUAUAACAAUAAGAAAAGCCAUGACUCUAAAUCAAAUUUUGAAGACAGAGAACUUCCCAAGGAACUUUAUAAUUCGAGUAAACAAUUUCUGCCCAACAACAUUUCAGAAGUACCUUUCAGAUUGCAAACUGAUAAAGACAUCCAUAAGCAUGUGAUAAAAAAAUUUAUGUCAAUUAGCAAUUAUCAUAAAAAAAGCGAUAAGAAAAAAAGUAUUGACCUACAUUUUUCCAUACCCCAUUUUGAAACUCUUAAUCAAUUCCAAAAAGUUGGAGAGUCUCUAGCUGAAAAAUUUGACUUGAUAAAACACAUUGGUAAUAAAUUAGAUCAAUCUAAAGUAAAUUUCAUAAACUGGUGGACUAAAACAAUUGAGGACGAAUAUACUACUUUUCUUCGAGUUUCCAUUAAUAGACAUCUCAGUGAAGAUAAACACAGAAUCAUGGUCCUCGAUCACAUCAAGAAAAACCCUGCAGAAUAUUUACAGUUUUGUCACUUACCACUAAGCCCUUUCCACAAACUAUUUAAUUAAUACAUGCAGCUUAUUCAUUUGAGGUUGUGAACUAAUGUCACUAAUGUCACUAAUGUCACUAAUGUCACUAAUGUCAGGUGCAGAAGAGCAGAGAGUUGUGAACAAGCACACACUUUAUUGGGCAGAGGCAAUAAAACAGACAGAUGCCACUGUGUCAAAACCUCCAGCCAAAGGAUAAAGUGCAAGGCACGAAACAGUCACAAAAAAUGAGUAAAUGUUACAACAAACAACCUUCCUGAAACACCACGGAAAUAACGGGAAAAACCCAGCCUGGUGCGUACACACGAAACACAUAACAAAUACAAUUUCACAAAGACAUGGAGGGGAACAGAGGAAUAAAUACAUGCAGUGUGAUUAGGGAAUGUAAACCAGGUGUGCAGGGAACAAGACAAAACAAAUGGAACAAUGGAAAAAUGGAGCGCCGAUGGUUAGAAAGCCGGUGACGUCGACCGCUGAACGCCGCCCGAACAAGGAGACUGAUUUUCUCCUCGUGACCCCCUGUAUCACUAUGGCCAAAUGGAACAAUGGAAAAAUGGAACGCCGAUGGUUAGAAAGCCGAUGGCUCCCUGAUUAGCCCGGACCCUAAUGGUCGACUAUCCAGAGCAUGUACCGGGAAAGGUCUAACCACAGGAGUAAUGGGGAUCCCUAAACUAAGGGCGAAAGCUCUGUCGAUAAAAUUCCCAGCCGCGCUCGACGAGCACCUUAUGCUGGGAAUGAGGGGAAAACUCAGGAAAACAAACAGGUACAAACAGGUGGACAAAAGAGGACCCUGGAUGAGAGUUGUGCAGACUCACCUGGGGUGAUGCCAGAGUGCACUGCCUGCUGCCUCGACUCCCAGAGGAACCAACCCAGCACCGACCGGCAGUGUACCCUCUGCGGCCACAGAUGGUGCACGUGACGGCCCCUCCUCCAGCCUCCCUAAGCACAGCCCCUCCCAGCUCCAUGGGCACCGGAGCGGGGGUGCUGGAAGAUGUACAUGACAGAGCCCUCUCAGGACGUCCGCUGGUGACCAGCAGGUUAUCCAACCUAAUGGACAGAUCCAUCAGUUGGUCAAAGGUGAUGGUGACAUCCCUGCAGGCCAACUCCCGUUGGACAUCCUCGCACAGGCUGCAUCGGUACUGAUCGAUAAGGGCCCUGUUGUUCCAUCCUGUUCCGGCAGCCAAGGUCCGAAAUUCCAGGGCGAACUCCUGGGCGCUCCUCGUCCCCUGCCUCAAGUGGAAGAGCCGUUCCCCUCGAAGUGGUCCAAUGCCGCGUCUCCUUCUCCCCACACGACGUUUGCCCACUCCAGAGCUCUCCCCGAGGGGAAUGAGACGAGGGCGAACACGCUCUCCCUUCCCGAGGGAGCUGGGUGAACGGUGGCCAGGUAUAAGUCCAACUGUAAUAGGAACCCCUGGCACCAUGCUGCCGUCCCAUCAUACUCCCUGGGAAGGGAGAGACGCAUCCCACUGGGACUGGAUCCAGGAUGGAAGGGUAGAGGUAACCCCGGUUGCGCUGUUCGAGGCUUCCGGUCUCUCCCAGCGGUCCAUGGGCUGGACAACGAGAUCCAUUGUGGCACCGAGAUGCUGCAGAAUUGCAGAGUGUUCCCGGAUGCACUCCUCGACUCCUCUGUCCUGGAGGGGAACAGAGGAAUAAAUACAUGCAGUGACUCAAGGUGGCUGGGAAUGGUUAUGGGAGCAGGACACGCAGGGACCCAGGUCCUCGGAAUGGUUAUGGGGGCUGGAUAUCAUAAUGAUGUCUCCACUCCCUCUAUGAUGAAUUGCUGUA